UUGGCUUAUAUAAAACGAUUUUUUGUUGUUGUUAUUACAUAACCUUAAUAACGUCAAAAAUAAAAUCAUUAUCAUAUACUAUGUGAUAAUGAUAAGCAAUGCGACGACUAACAAUAUAUUGAAAUUACAAAACCAAAAUCGGCUUCGUCCUAAGUCAUUAUGGCAAAGUCCUAUAACUCAAAAUCUAAAACUUUGCGACGAAAAUUAUGACUUGAAAAAUAAGAAUGUUUACGUAGUAGGGACUGGAAAAGCUGCGCAGAAUAUGGCUGUAGAAGUGGAGAAAUUAUUAAGUACCAAAAUUACAGAAGGAAUAAUUAGCAUACCUAAAGGAAGUCUACAUCAGAAUUCAGUUAAAACAAAUAUAUCAUAUUAUGAAGGUGCAAAAGAUAAUUUGCCAGAUGAAGAAGCUAUGAUCACAGCUAAGAAAAUAGAACACCUUGUUACAAAUCUGGGAAAAGAUGAUUUUCUUUUAGUUUUAAUUUCUGGAGGUGGCUCAGCCUUACUGCCUUUACCAAUAGAACCAAUAAGUCUAAGUGAAAAAACUAAAUUAAUUAAACAAUUAGCACAUUCAGGUGCCGAUAUUAAAGAAUUAAAUACAGUUAGAAAAAGAAUAUCUGCUCUAAAAGGUGGACAAUUGGCUUUAAAAAGUAAAGCAAACAGAACUGUAGCUCUGAUACUUUCAGACAUAGUUGGAGAUCCCUUAGACUUGAUUGCUAGUGGUCCAACAACUGAAAAUACAGAUAAUCCACAAGAAGCUUUAAAUAUUAUUAAAAAGUAUAACUUAUUUGACAAUCUUUCACAAUCUAUACUUACAGUGUUAAAUCAGCAGGAUCAACAAAUACUCUUUCCAAAGGAAAUAGUUAAAAACUUUGUUAUUGGUUCUAAUAAAUUAAGCACAGAGGCAGCGGCUACUGAAGCUGAAGCACUCAAUUAUUUUCCAAUUCAACUAUCUAAUAUUGUAACUGGUAAUGUUAAGGAUGUCGCACUUGAAUAUGCAAAUUUAACUAAAGCAUUUUGCAACUUUUUAAGUAAUAAAAUUAAUGCUGCAACAUUAAAAAACAUUGUAGAUAAUCUAAAUAUACCAGGACUUGAUUCAAUUUUUAUUAAUUCUCUUGACAGUAUUAGAGAAAAAGAUAUUUGUCUAAUAUUAGGUGGGGAAAUUACUGUUGAAGUAAAAGGGAAUGGUCAAGGUGGUAGAAAUCAACAAUUGGCUUUACAAUUUUCAUAUUAUUUGAAUGAAAUAAAACAUGAACUAAAUAAUUUUGAUGUCUACUUUCUAAGUGCGGGAACAGAUGGUAUUGAUGGACCUACAGAUGCAGCUGGGGCUAUUGGCUACCUUAAUUUGAUAUCAGAUUGUGAAACAGAACUCGAUGUUAAUUCAUUUUUGAAUAAUAAUGAUUCAUAUAACUUCUACAAGAAGUUUAAAAAUGGAUCUCUUCAUAUAAUUACAGGUCAUACAAACACUAAUGUAAUGGAUAUUCAUUUAAUAAUCAUUAAAAGACAUUGAAUUCUAACAUACUUACAAAUAAACAUGGUAUAAGCAAAUAUUAGGA